ACAGUGUGUCGUCUGCUCUGUGGGACCGGGAACACCUGAGAGAAACCUUUGUGUCUCCGGCCUUCACAGUUUACUCAUGUCUGUGGGACUAGAAACAGACUUGUUUGGUGAUGAGGUGUUUACCAGCAUGUUUCCCAUCCACCGCGCCUGUCGGGACGGAGAUGUUGGCGCUUUGGCUUCACUGUUACAACAGCUCUCACACCGGGCUCCUCUCACCGCUGAGGACUCUUGUUAUGGAUGGACCCCCAUUCACUGGGCAGCUCACUAUGGACAGCUGGAGUGUGUGGUGCACCUCGUGCAGAUGGGCUGUGAGGUGAACACGGUGACCAGCCGCUUUAACCAGACACCAACACACACUGCAGCGUUUGGAGGACAUCCUAACUGUGUCGUAUGGCUGACUCAGGCUGGAGCUGACGUCAACAAGCAGGACUUUGUCGGAGAGGCUCCCAUACACAAGGCUGCCAGGUCAGGUAGCUUGGAGUGUAUCCAGGUCCUGCUGAUAGCAGGUGCUAAACCACAUUUAAGGAAUGCCAAUGGGCAGACAGCAGCAGACCUGGCACAAACUCAUGGCUUCCACGACUGCUCCCGCCUCAUCUCCAAUGCCCAGAAGCACCUACUGCAGCUGAGUGGACUCCAUGUGAACGGAGUGCAGAAUGGAAACAGCGCCUCUUGUGGUCAGAGCCUGCUCAGCACAGCAGCCAGCAGGAAGAGGUUGCUGACUGCCACUGAGGCUGGUUAUAUGAAGAAGGCCAAAAGCGAUUGGUUGAUGCAGAACAAUGCAGGUGAGGAGCUGGACAGCAUUAACAUGGAGUCUGCACAGGAGCUCAGCUCAGAUGUUGUAACCAAAGCCAUCACCAGCACACUGCCAGCUGCUGACCAGGAUCACAGUGCACCAAUGCAAACCUCCACAUGUAACAAGGAGUCCUGCCUUCCAGCCAAUCAGCAGACAGUAGCCAGAUCCAGUCAGCGCGCUUCAGCUGACAUGUGUGGCUCCCUCCAUCUGACCGGGAGUCCCAGCAGCUGUGUGUCCCACCGGCCGGCCUGGUGGGGGCUGAUGGGGGCCGAUUGUGGGGACUUCCAGCAUUAUGGACAUUACCACGGCUUUGGAGACACCGCUGAGGAGCUGACUGACAGCAGCCGCCUCGAGUACAAGAGCAGCAUUCAGGCAGAGCAGAAAUACAACCAGGCAGUGGCAAGCAGCAUCCACCUCUACGAUGGCUCGUAAAGAGUGAGGAUUCAUCAUCACAGCCAGCCUCAUUGACACAUGCAAGAAGACUGUCCACCUGCAUGUUGCUUUUAAAGGAGCAGUUUGACAUUUGCUGUCAGAUCUAGAGUCACUACUACAGAGAUCCAGGACAUGUUCAUCCUUGUUUGACUAAAUAAUCUCAAAUCAAAGUCCAUUUACUAGCUUUUUGAGCUUUCAGUAAUAUCUAAUGAUCUCCAUAAGCAGAUAGUUAGCUGGUAUCUGAAAAAAGACCGUCAUUAAGAUCACUACCCCAUAUUCCAUGUUGUAUCUUAACUUCACUUUAGGACAAAAAUAUAAAUCCUCAAAAUUCAAAUGAUUUCCCCCUGAAAUCAAAAUGGGACCAAUAUUGACCUUCUUGUCCCACUCUCAACAUGUCAGACUGCUCCCUUGAAGCCUUUUUUUCUUUUUUUAAAUUUAAUAUCACACGUACAUUUAUUAUUAAGUAUUUCUGUAUUUACAUUUAUCUUUGUUCAUUUACCGCUACUGUUGGCUGAUUUGUACUAUAAGGGCUGUGAGGCGUGUGCUUGUGUUGUGUAGUUGGUGAUGUGUGUCGUGCACUGAUCUCCCGUCCUUCAGCAGGGAGGAACAAGAAAACUGAAAACUCCUUGCUAGCCUUGAUCUACCAAAGGGAAUAUGAUUGAUUUGUUUUUGUUGCUUUCUCAAUCAAAAUCAUGUUAUUUAUGUGUUAGAGAAGAUGAACGUUAUUAGUCCGAGCUGUACUGUAAUUUUAUAAAGUAUACUGUAGACUUUUUAGGAAAUCUUUGUACAGUAAGCUGAAAACAAGCAAUCUUUUUUCUAAACACUGUCAGCUUUUUGGGAAUGUGCACUUUGUGCCAAAAACUCAUUCACACCAGGCACUGCUGCAUCUGACCACUGAUUGUAUACUAUACCAUGUU